UUAUAUAGGUUCUGCUGAUCAGUUCACAUGCAUCACAAGUACAUAGAAUUUAUUUCUCUCUCUCUUUUAGAGAAAAACAGAAACUCACAACAACUUUUUCUUCUUCUUAAAAUAAUAAUAACAAGAUGUUGAGGUUGAUAACAGGUAGAAGAGGACCAAGUGGAUUUGGAUCAGCUUCCACUGCUGAGGAAGUUACUCAGGGAAUUGAUGCUAGCGCUCUCACUGUUAUUGUUACAGGAGGUGCAAGUGGCAUUGGAUUUGAGACAGCAAGAGUUUUAGCUCUGAGGAGAGCUCAAGUCAUUAUUGCAGCAAGAAACUUGGAGGCUGCAAAUGAAGCAAAACAGCGCAUUUUGAGCGAAAACAGAGAUGCUCGUGUUGAUAUUCAGAAACUCGACCUCAGCUCGUUGAAAUCGGUCAAGGCAUUUGCAGAUAACUUCCUAGCACUUAACCUUCCUCUCAACAUCUUAAUAAACAAUGCAGGUAUCAUGUUCUGUCCAUUUCAGCUUUCUAAGGAUGGAAUAGAGAUGCAAUUUGCUACUAAUCAUCUUGGUCAUUUCUACUUGACUAAACUUCUUCUAGACAAAAUGAAGGAAACAGCAAGAGCUACUGGUAUCGAGGGUAGGAUUGUGAACUUGUCAUCAGUAGCUCACCUAAUUUGCCCUCCUCAAGGAAUACAAUUCAACAAUAUCAAUGAGGAAAAGAGUUAUCAAGACAAAGUGGCAUAUGGACAAUCCAAGUUAGCCAACUUAUUACAUGCCAAUGAGCUAUCCCGCCGAUUGCAGGAAGAGGGAGCAAAUAUUACUGUCAAUUCAGUUCAUCCUGGUUUGAUAAUGACAAAUCUCAUGAGACAUUCAGCCUUUCUGAUGAGAAUCUUAAGGGUUUUCACUUGUUUCCUUUGGAAGAAUGUCCCCCAGGGAGCAGCUACAACUUGCUACGUCGCUCUCCAUCCAAGUUUGAAGGGAGUGACUGGAAGGUACUUCGUUGAUUGCAACGAGUACAAGCCAACCAAGCUAGCACAAGACGAAGUUUUAGCUCGGAAUCUUUGGGAUUUCAGCAAUGAUCUAGUCAAUGCAUCUCAAAAGAUUGAUAAAUAGAACACAGUCCUUGGAAAUCCUGCAUGUUAUUAUUACAGUUUAAAACCAUAUCUUGUGAAACUGUUGUAGAAGUUAGGAGGGUUAAGCUUCUUUGGCUCUGUUCCCAAUUUAUACUCUCUGUGCAUGUUUAUCUAAGCUAGCUACUAAUGUUUUAAAUGUACCUAAAAAUUUAGGUUUUCGCUCUCUUCUCGGUUCUCAACUUUGUAAUGACUGAUAUGUCUCUUAAAUUUUUGUUAAACCUUUCCAUGUGUAACAAGUUAGCUAGUUUAUCGAUUCA